GUCUUUAACUCAAGCGCCAGCAGUAUGAGUGGUGAAGAAGAUAUGUCUCUUGAGAAAACCUCGUUUUAUCGUCAAAGACCGAUCAGUGAGCUCUCAUCGGGGCAAAGCCUAGGUGAGCCAUCUACAGCAAAAGGGCCUCUACCUGACUUUAUCGACUUUCUUGCUGUCACCCAAUGGAGACAAAUCGACUUCUUGCCCAUAACAUGGCAGCAAAUGCUCUCUUCGCUUGGGGUGGGAGGAACUGCUCGCUUGAAACAAUCGAUUGUGAACAACAAAGUCAGCCUUGCAUUCAAGCGUCUACAUCUUGAUAAUGCAACAGCAGAAAGUAACUCCGAGGCUCUUCGCAUCUUGAUAAAUGAGAUCUCAAUAUUAGGACAUCCUGUCAUUAGGCGACUCCCUUACUUCAUUAGACUGGAAGGUAUUUGCUGGGAUUUCACGGACGGUGUGGUUCCUGUCUUGGUCUUUAGAAAAGCGCAUCAUGGAAACCUGCGGCAAUUUCUUUUCUCAAAAGCUGGGAAAAAAAUUAAUUUCGCCCAAAGACUGCGGAUAUGCAGCGAAAUUGGCUCCGCAAUUAUGACGAUGCAUUCAUUCCAUAUGAUUCAUGGGGACCUCAAACCGGAGAAUGUCCUCAUAUUCGAAGAUCCGCUUAACGGCUUCAUGACAAAGGUUGUCGACUUUGGCUAUUCUGGUCUUUCACUGCUACGUAGCGAGGAUUCGAAAUUUCAACUACCAAUAUCGCGGCCGUGGAAUGCUCCAGAAUUAACAGAAUGCAACUCGGAGUUCUCCUUAGAUGGGGCAAGGAAAGCCGACAUAUACUCUUUUGGCCUGCUCUGUCUGUGGAUCCUUUUCUACGAUCGCUUCGAAUCCGUACAAGGCGACAAUUGCGCCUCAAUGGAGGACCUGGAGUGGAUAGAAACACUAAAAGAGAAUGAUUUACUCUAUUCAUUUGCCGCAGAAUGCUCAGAGAAUGUCGAAAACUUAUCGACCGACGAAAUUGAAGGGCUUGUCCAGUUCUUUGGCUGGACAUUAGCCACAGAGCCAUACCAGCGUCAGUUGCCAAAUGAUGCUCGCGCAGUCGCAGAACACUUUUUGGCCAAGCAGAAAAAUGCAGAAAUUUCAUCAACAUCUAAUGAAGAAAUCACUUCCUCUGCAACGUUAAGUUCUGUAGGAAUUCAAUGCGAAGACAUCGAAGGUCACGUUAGGCCUUUCGGGUUCAUCCACUAUUAUCGAUUCAAAACAGGCUCCAUAGAUUUAGGUUAUGAUGCCGACUCGAAAGUCUUCAACCUUACUGAUGCUAUUCCGCAUCUCGUUGCUUCAGACUACCGUUUAUGGAAGCACAUAAAAAAUAGCUACGAAACUCGUUUUGACAGCAGUUACCUGGAUCAGUCUUCUCGUGCAGACUCCGCGUUUCGAUUAGCGCUUCUGCAUUUCCUGCAUCUUGGCACCUCGAACAAACAUGAUGAAGCAGCGACAUGGUUGCUUGGAAGCGGGCGAUCCGAGAUGGACCUCGUUAGAGAGGUGGAGACAAUCAAGCAAGUACGGGCAGUUCAGUUCAUAGACAAAGAAGUUGAGAUCGAUGUGAUCGACUUUGUCCAUCAGUACAGAGACCUCAAUCUUCUUGAAGUUGCGCUUCAGGAGUAUGAGAAUACCGCAGCCCGGCUGGAGCAACUCUUUGGUAGUGGACAUACACUCGUGAUUCGGUUGCGUCUCAUCUACGCCAGAAUACUCCAAGAAAAAGGUCUGCCACGUCAGGCCCAAGCAACAUUGCUAGCCCUUGCCAGUGCUGCCGAAGUUGAGUUCGGACAACACGACCCAGUUAUGCUUGCGAUUGAGAAUCAACUAGUUUUGGUCUAUAUUGACCUCUGUUCCUGGAAAGAGGCCGAAUCUCUGCAGAUCCGAGUACUAGAGAAGAGUAAGAAAGUUUUCGGAGAUGAAAGUGAGCAAGCUCAAAGCUGUAUGGGCAACUUGGCGGUCCUAUAUUGGAAUCUGCGAAAAUUGGACAAAGCUGAAAGGCUUCAAACAGAACAUUUGGAGUUAUUGCAAAGAACUCGUGGAAGGAGGCAUUUCAAGACCUUGACAAGAAUGAACAACCUAGCGUCCACCUAUGAAUACCAGGGUAGAGCCGACAAAGCUCUAAAAUUAAAGUUGGAGGCUCUGGAAAUAUCAAAGGAUAUAAAUGGUGAAGAUGACCAUUACACGCUGUCACUCAUGAAUAACGUUGCAAAUAACUAUCGCAGGCGAAAGAAGUUUCAAGAGGCAGAGAAACUGGAUUUCGAGGUAGUCGCCGCGAGAAAACGCCAACUUGGGGAAAAUCACGUAAUUACGCUUCGGGCUAUGGGAAAUCUUGCCUCAGAUUAUGCUCUACAAGGAAGGGCCGAGGAAGCUGAGCCACUAGAAAGACACAUAGUCAUCGCCCUCUCCAAUCAGCUGAGUCCGCUGCAUCAGGAUCUGCUAACAGCAAAGAAUAAUCUGGCACACACUCUGAAAGACCUUGGGCAAGUGGAGGAGGCUGUUCGGAUGAUGACAGAAGUUGUAUCAGGUCGUACUGAAGUUCUUGGAGCUGAUCAUCCCGAGACUAAGAGAUCUUCAGAAAAUCUUCAGAAAUGGCGGAUAAUAAUAAUGGAUGCCUAGUCUCUCUUCUUCA